AUGGAACAACAACCACUCUACACAGGUCAAGCUCAAUUCUACCAACAACCACCUCCUCAACAAUAUCCAACCCAACAACAAGUCUAUACACCACAAUAUUAUGUUCAACCUACAGAAACAACCGCCGCUACUACAUAUCAUCAUCAAACGGUUGCGACUACUCAUUAUGUGAACGGUGUGAAUGAAGAAGAUGCUAAUAAUGCCAUGUUGAUGUUUGUGAUUGGAUUCUUCUUUGGAAUUUUAUGGAUUGUGAAUUAUGCAAUGUAUCGCAACUCUCCGAACCUAAAGGCUCAACAGUACGCUAAAUAUAGUUUGAUGGCUUUUAUCCUUUCUUUGGUAUUCUCAGUGAUUCUCACUUUCAUCUGUAUUCUCGUUCCAAUCAUCAUGAUAUCUUCAGUACCAAGCUACAAUUAA